AUGGAAUCUGAUGACCAAACUUCGACUCCAACCCGCGAAAAAGAGCCGCUUGAGGAUGAGCCCGGAAACCAUCCUCGCGCUGGCACUCAAUCCUCCAACAUUGCACAACAGCGCCAGGAAUUCCUUGACCUGUACCGUGCAUCUAAGGUUGUCGUAGUGUCUGGAGAACCCGGCAGUGGCAAGUCCACACAAAUCCCCGAAUUCGUUCUCUCGGAAGAGUCCAACAGCGGCAAGCGGGUGGCUUCGGCCCAGCCAAACACAACGGCGACAACUUUGCUCGCGGACCGGGUGGCGACUAAGCUUGAUUGCGAGGUUGGCAGUAAAGUUGGCUACAGCAUUCCAGGAGACGACAGAACCACGGACGAGACACUCCUAGAGUUUACAACUGCUGAAAAAUUGCUGUGGAAGCUUCAGAGUGAUGGCAUGCUAUCAAAAUACGGCUGUAUCAUCAUCGACGAGGCCGACCAGAGAACUAAGGCUGCCGAUAUAUUGUCGAUGGUUCUCAAAGGCUUGCUUCCCUUCCGGUUCGCUUUCAAGGUUGUGAUAAUUUGCAGCAAUCAUGAAACGACUUCGUUGCUCACGUAUUUUGACGGUUUUGCUAUCUCGACCAUGACUAUUGCCAGCCACAACAAGCCGGCCAUCGUUCAAUACUGCCCGAAGCUGAAUGGUCGAGUGCUUGCCGAUGUUGUGGAACUUGUCCUCGAAAUCGAGAAAGUUGAACAUGAGAUGCAUCUGGCUGUGACACCUACCAACCCUGGUCACAUUCUUGUUGUCCUCGCAACCGCCAACGACGUCAAACUUUUCUGCUCCCAAUUUGAGGGCCGGGCAACAGCCCUAGAAAUCGUUCCCUUUCACGAAGAUCUCAAUAUCGACGAACAGCGAGACGUUUUCAUUUCCUCUCCUCGGCAAAAGUGCAUCGUCAGCACAGAACUGAUUAAGAAUGGUUUUUCUGUUGAUGGUGUUACCUACGUUGUUGACUCAGGGUUUAUUGAAACCAAAGCCUUUGAUCCAGAUGCUCGGAUGGAAAUGACAUCCAUCGAAGCCGUUUUCAAAAAGAAUGCUGACCGACGCGCCGCUCGAGCGCCAUCUGGUGUGUGCUUCCGCCUCUACAGCGAAGCAACCUUUGAUGGUCUGGAACUACAGAGAUCGCCUGAGUUUCUCCGCACGAGCAUGGCCUCGGAAAUCCUUUUGUUGAAAACACUGGACUACCGCAGCAUGAACGAUCUCCAUCUCCUUGAUCCGCCCAGUACAUCGAUCGUCGCAAGAGGAAUUUUGGAGUUGGAGACUCUUGGCUUGGUCGACGAUGACCAGUUGCUAACAGAACACGGCAAAAAGGCAUACCGUUGCAUGACAUCUGACACUCCGAUAUCUCUCGUCUGGUACAAAGCAAUUGUCGAAAGCUUCCGCUAUGGCGUGCAAUACGACAUGUUCUGCCUUGCCGCAAUUUUCAAUUCUCCCCGACCUAUCUUUGUUCACGCUGCUGAGGCACAUGCGCGCUCUAAUCCUGCUCUGGGCAGAUUCGUAUCUCACCAGUCUGAUCAUCUGGGAUACAUGCAUGCAUUAUACGCUUACGAAAGGGUGCUUGAGGAAGAACCUGAACUUGUCGACUUACUUUGCUUGGAGUCCUCCCUCGACAGGACAGCUCUGGAGGCCGUUGUCAAGUUUCGUGCCCAGCUUCUUGAUUUCUUCAGCAACCUUCGAAUGGGGGCUGUAAGUCGACCAACAGCUCGUGAAGAAACUCGCUGUGACAUUGUGAAGAAAGUCCUGGCCAAGAGCUUCUCCCAUCAAGCCGCGUUUCUGGACGAUGCAAUUCAUGGAUACUACAAAAUCCGCAGCGGUGGAUGUAUUUCUACCAUCAAAGAGACCAGCUGCUUGACUGAAUUCAGACCAAAACAUGUCAUUUUCGACAAACUGACUUCUGCUGCUGGCAACUCGCAGAUGGAAGUUGUGACGAAGAUUCAGCCGGAAUGGCUUCCAGUAGGUCCCCUUGUUGUCAUUCUCCAACUGGAAUUUGAGGUUCGAUAG